AUGCCCAUGGCCGACCAAAACGAGAAAGCAGACUUUGAUCCGUCUGCAAUAGACGUCAAUACGCAAGAACAAUGCGACAAAGAGAUCUCGAUAGGGAAGAAUGACGGCGUAUUGGAGGCCGGUGUUGCGUUGCAGUCCUCCCAUACUGAUGUCGAGUUCUCCGUCUUCACAGAGCCACAGAAACGGUUUGUUGUCUUCAUGGCAUCAUGGGCAGGGUUCUUCUCUCCCGUGUCGACUCAGAUCUACUAUCCGGCUCUGAAUAGCUUGGCUGAGGAUCUCAGCGUGUCGAUUUCGCUGAUCAAUUUAACGCUGACCAGCUACAUGAUCUUCCAAGGCCUCUCGCCCAUGUUCAUAGGCGACUUUGCAGAUAAGGCUGGACGGCGUCCUGCGUAUAUUAUUUGCUUCACCAUUUACAUCGCAGCCAAUAUCGGACUGGCUUUGCAGAAUAACUAUGCGGCUCUUUUUGUGUUGCGCUGCAUGCAGAGCGCAGGGAGCAGCACCACGAUCGCCCUCUCGUCCGGUGUAGUGGCAGACAUCACCACCGUCGCUCAACGAGGCUCAUACAUGGGCUUUGUAAACGCUGGCUCGCUGCUAGGUCCCUCAAUUGGGCCCGUGAUUGGAGGUCUCCUGGCCCAAUAUCUCGGAUGGAGAUCUAUCUUCUGGUUCCUUGUUAUCUUCGCUGGAGUGUUCAUCGUAACCUUUCUUCUUUUCUUUCCCGAAACGGCUCGCGCAGUUGUUGGGAACGGUUCGAUACCGCCGCCGAAAUGGAGUAUGACCGUGACCAGCUGGCUGCGAGCCCUAAGAGCCCGACGAGAGGGGGUUUCAACAGUGACAUCAAAUACCUCACCAUCGACGCGUAAAAUUGGUUUCCCCAACCCUGCCAAGACGCUCAUGAUUGUCUUCCAGAAAGACACCUUUGUCAUCCUCUUCAGCAAUGCAAUUCUGUUUGCAGCAUUCUACGACGUCAGCGCCUCUGUUGCGUCCAUCUAUCACACACAGUACAAUCUCAAUGAUCUCGAGGUUGGCCUUUGCUAUAUUCCCUUUGGCCUCGGGUCCACUCUCGCGUCAAUGUUGAACGGGAAGUUCCUCGACUACAACUACCGUCGCCAUGCGCGACGGCUUGGCUUCCCCGUCGUGAAGAACAAAGAUACUGACCUGAGAAACUUUCCCAUUGAGAGAGCGCGCCUUGAGAUCGCAUUUCCUCUGAUCAUGACCGGGGCCAUGACCGUCAUUGCCUUCGGGUGGUUCUUGAAUUUCGGGGUCCACCUAGCUGCGCCCACAACCAUCCUGUUUGUGAUGGGACUGUCCAUGACAGGAGCCUUUAGCACCGUCAGCACGCUGCUGGUGGAUCUCUAUCCGACCAAGGCGGCUACGGCUACUGCGUCGAAUAAUUUCGUACGGUGUCUGCUAGGCGCCGGCGCAACGGCUGUGAUUAAUCCCAUGAUAGACGCUAUGGGGAGGGGGUGGUGCUUCACCUUCAUUGCGUUUGUCAUGCUGGCGACUUUGCCGCUGUUGCUGGUCGUCAUUCAAUUCGGCCCUAAGUGGAGGGAGGAGCGCCGAGUGAAGGAAGAGGCUAGAAAGAUGGGAGAGUAGGGAUUGCGAGACUCAGUUGUCCUCUACAUAGGCAAGACGCGAUGAAGUCAAAUGA